UAAAGCUUUGCGUCGAAGUUUACGACUGCAGCGUCAGGAACAGGCGGCAUUUGCGAUGUUGUGGUGAUCAUUCCACUCGAGAUGUGAGAAAUCGGUCGAGAGAGCGAUUGAGAUAAGAUUUGCCUUUGGACCGAUGUUUUUUGCGCUCAGGUGCAUUCCGGUAUCGGGGUCAUGCUAUCACGCGGCAAGUUAGAGUGAAGAGAUACCAUUCGAUUGGAACGACGAACAUCCGAGAAACGUGCGUCAUAUUGCGCCAGCUUAACAUGCAUUAGCCAGUCAUCGCGAUCUACGCGUCAAACUUGGUUGGACCAGUCUCAUGCCACGAGAUUGAAGCCAACGUGUCAAUAUGGUAUCUACGUGGUGUUAUUUUGUAUUACCGGUGGUCCUGCUCAUCGGUUUGCUUCGCAAAUGCCGAGAGCGCACCUGGGGAAGAUGCAGGAGCACCAGCAGUCUGCAGGAUCGGGUGUUUCUCGUGACCGGCGCCAACUCCGGCAUCGGCAAGGAGACGACGAGGGAGCUUGUCAAGCGGAAAGCGACGGUUAUCAUGGCCUGCAGGGACAUACAGAGCGCGAAGAAUGCCAUAGCGGAGAUACGCAGUAAAAUACCUACUGGCGAAUUGAUUCCUAUGGAACUGGAUCUUGCAUCUUUCUCAUCGAUUAGAGAAUUCACCAAUAAAGUGUUAAAGAAAUUUUCCCAGAUUCACGUAUUAAUUAAUAACGCCGGGGUGUAUGCACCUCUGAAAGAUCACGCGUUGACAAAAGAUGGGUUUGAGAUCCAUUUCGGAGUAAAUCACUUGGGGCACUUUCUGCUUACCAAUUUACUUUUGGAACGUCUGAAGGAAUGCGCUCCUAGCAGAGUAGUGAUAGUGACAUCCAAGCUUCUGGAGUCUGGAGUAAUAGACUUUUCAAACUUGAAUGGUGAGAAAGGACUGCCGGCGAAGAGUAGGAUGAAUCCUGGUUACUGUAAUUCAAAACUCGCAAAUGCAUACUUUGCCACUGAGCUUGCCAAACGAACGGAAAAUACCGGGGUUAAUAUUUACAUGGUAUGCCCUGGAUUUACCUAUACUGGUCUAUUCAGGAACGUAAAAAGAAGCUGGUUCCAUUAUAUCAUCUUCUCGCCUGUUGCGCUUAUGUUUCUACGCACUGCAAAUCAGGGUGCACAAACGGUAUUGCAUUGCGCGACAGAAUCAUCGUUGUCUGAGGAAAGCGGACAUCUAUAUCGUGACUGCAAACUUUACGUCUCUAAGAAGGAUCUGGACUCGGAAGUAGCGCUUCGUCUGUGGGACGUAAGUGCGAAAUUGACUGGCAUAAAGGAGAUUGUGAAAUAAUUUUAGGAUACACACGCAUAUUGUACAAUCGACGGCAAAAUACUGUUCUUUUCUGGUGUAGUGGAGAAUUGCACUUGCAUUGUAUUUCUCUCUUCUCCACUGAAAGGUUAAUUGGUUAAUAUAAGAAGUCGCAGUGAGACCCAAAGGCAAGAACUUGAUGCAAAUGCAAUUCUACUUGCUGCAUGUGAAUUGGAGAGUAAUUUUGCUCUUCAUCAUGCCAUUGCAACUUUACUUUUGUUGUAUCUUAAGUGAUUAUUCGAUAUUUAUUUUUAUAUAUAUAGCAAAAGAAGCUAAACAAUGUCAGAAUUGCACAUUUUUAUUUUCAUUUUUAUAUAUUUAAAGUCAUGGCGAAUUUUAUAUAUAUAUAUAUAUGUAUAUUUUAAGAUAAGAUACAUAUCUUCUAUAUUUUGGUGUACAUUGUGUAUGUAUAUUUAUCUUCAUAUAUUAGAUGCCAACACAACUGUAAAUUCUAUAAAUCAUUUACAAGUGCGGCCUUCUCUUGAUUUUGCGUUGAAUGAUCCAAUGUAAAAAUAUCAAUUCUAAAAAUUAAACAUAUAGAAAAUAUAUGUAUUUAGAAUAAAAUUCUAUAUAGACAGCCUU